GCGCGCGUCGUCCACGACCGCCGCCGCCGUUCUUCCUCUCCGCGCUCGCUCGCCGUAAAAAUGCCUCCCAAGCGCAAGGGCAAGAAGCCCAUCAAGUCCGACGUCACCCCCGAGGCGCGCAAAGAGGCGGCGGGACACAAGGACCUCGGAAACAAAGACUUCGUCGCGGGCAACUACGACGACGCCGCGAAGCACUUCAGCGCCGCGAUCGAGGCGGACCCGACGGACCACAUCUUCUACUCCAACCGCAGCGCGUGCUACGCGUCCGUGGGGAAGCUAUCCGCCGCGGUGAGCGACGCGGAGCGAUGCAUCGAGCUCAAGCCGGAGUGGGGGAAAGGGUACUCGCGGCUGGGGACGGCGCUGUUCAAGAGGAACGAUCUCGACGGCGCGCAAAAGGCGUUCGCCGGCGGCCUCGCCGUGGACCCCAACAACGUUCAGUGCGACGACGGCCUCGCCGAGGUGAAAGCCGCCAAGGCGAAGCGCGAGAAGCUCGCCGCGGACCGCGCGGCGGCGGACCUGGAGCACAUGAGCAUGGACCCCACGGACCGUUACGUCAUCGGCAUCGACCUCGGGACGACGUACUCGUGCGUCUCCGUGUGGAAAGACGGCGAGGCGCAGGUGCUCGCCAACAGCGAGGGCGAUCGCACGACGCCCUCCUGGGUCGCCUUCACCGACGAUGGCCGCGUCGUCGGCGACGCCGCCAAGCGUCAAGCCGCGCAGAACACCAAGCGCACGCUCUUCAACGUCAAGCGCAUCAUCGGCCGGCAGUUCAGCGAGUGCGGCGAGGAGCUUAAGCUCUUCCCUUUCACCGUGAAGGAGGGCGACGGCGGCAAGCCGCUCAUCGAGGUGGAGGUGGACGAGGAGAUGAAGACGUUCACCCCCGAGCAAAUCUCCGCGAUGGUUCUGGAGAAGAUGAAGAAGACCGCGGAGGUCGCCCUCGGGUGCCCGAUCAAGAAGGCGGUCAUCACCGUCCCGGCGUACUUCAACGACGCGCAGCGCCGCCAAACCAAAGACGCGGGCGCCAUCGCCGGCCUCGACGUGCUUCGCAUCAUCAACGAGCCCACCGCCGCCGCGCUCGCGUACGGCCUCGACAAGAACAACACCGAGGGCGGCGAGGGCGAGGGCGGCAAGCCUAAGGAGCAAACCAUCCUCGUCUUUGACCUCGGCGGCGGCACCUUCGACGUGUCGCUUCUCAAGAUUGAGGACGGCGUCUUCACCGUGCUCGCCACCGCGGGCGACACGCACCUCGGCGGCGAGGACUUCGACUCCGCGCUCGCGGAGGACGUCGCCGCGCAGCACAAGAAGAAGGCGGGCGCUGAUAUCUUCACCGGCGACGACAAGGCGCAGCGGAAGCUUCGCACGGCGUGCGAGCGCGCCAAGCGUAUGCUUUCUUCCUCCACGGGCGCCACCGUGGAGUGCUUCGUGGGCGAGCACGAGAUCGCGAUGCCGUACACGCGCGCGAGGUUCGAGAAGGUGUGCGAGCCGCUGUUCCAGCGCUGCGUCGACAGCGUCAAGCGCGUCCUCGCGGACGCUUCCAUCAAGAAGGAAGCCGUGGACGAGAUCGUGCUCGUCGGAGGGUCCACCCGCGUUCCCCGCGUCCAGCAGAUCCUCAGCGAUUUCUUCGACGGCAAGUCGCUCUGCAAGUCCGUGCACCCGGACGAGGCGGUCGCGUUCGGCGCCGCGGUGCAGGGCGCGAUUCUCUCCGGCGCGCGCGACGCGGCGACGUCGAACCUCCUCCUCGUCGACGUCAUCCCGCUGUCGCUCGGCGUCGAGUGCGAGGGCAAGCAGUUCGCGAAGGUUGUCCCGCGCAACACCCCGGUGCCGUGCAAGAAAAAGUCCGAGUUCACCACCGUGUACGACUACCAGGACGAGAUCGACGUCCGCAUCUUCGAGGGCGAGCGGAGCAACUGCGACGGGAACCAUCUCCUCGGAGAGUUCCAGAUCACGGGCGUGGAGCGCGCGAAGAAGGGCGAGCCCAAGAUUGACGUGCAGUUCGAGGUGAACACGAACGGUUUGCUCACGGUGACGGCGCGAGACCGCGAGACGGGAGCCAACGCGGAGGUGAAGCUUCAGCACGACCGCGGACGUCUCUCGCCGGAGGAGAUCCAGCGCAUGUGCGCGGAGGCGGAGGCGAUGCGCGCGGAGGACGAGCGCGCGGAGAGGGAGUUCGAGGCUGCCAUGGAGCGCGGGGAGAUGUGAUCUGAUGCCGACGGAGGGACGAGGGAGCCGAGAAAGGUUCUUCAGUCGCCGCCUCGCGGCUUAUUUUGUUAAUACACACCACGCACGGAAUGUUUGUGAU